AUGUCUGCCCCCCAGCCCCUCCGUAUCGUCAUGGCCUGCGACGAGGCCGGCGUCCCCUACAAGGAUGCUAUCAAAGCCGUCCUGGAGAAGAGCCCCCUGGUCGAUUCCAUCACCGACGUCGGCGUCAACUCCACCUCCGACAAGACCGCCUACCCUCACCCAGCUGUCGAGGGUGCGAAGCUGAUCAAAGAGGGCAAGGCUGACCGUGGUCUCUUCAUCUGCGGCACGGGCCUCGGAGUUGCCAUCGCUGCCAACAAGGUGCCUGGCAUCCGCGCCGUCACUGCCCACGACCCCUUCUCCGUCGAGCGUUCCAUCCUCAGCAACGACGCCCAGGUCCUGUGCAUGGGCCAGCGUGUGAUCGGCGUGGAGCUGGCCAAGAAGUUGGCUCUCGACUGGCUCAACUACCGCUUCGAUCCCAAGAGCGCUUCCGCCGCCAAGGUCCAGGCGAUCACCGACUACGAGACCCAGUUCGCCGGUACCGCAUAA